AUGCUGUCAUCGAUGAUGCGGGGAUCAUCACAACAGUUCAUGGGCAUCCCCGGACCACAGAAGAUCCUCAAGACCUUCGGCUCACUCUGGCUUUCACAAGCAUCAAACGAGAAUGCGAAGCCCGGAACUUCAUCCUCAUGCCCUCUCUCCGAAAUAAGUUGUCAGGCCAAGUACCACGGUCAAGACACCUGCUGUUUCAAUUACCCCGGCGGUCAAAUGCUACAGACGCAAUUCUGGGAUGUUGACCCUGCACUUGGCCCUGAAGACGCAUGGACUAUCCAUGGACUAUGGCCCGAUCACUGCAACGGCGGCUUUGACCAAUUCUGCGACUCCAGACGCAAGUACAGCAACAUUUCUCUGAUUCUAGUUGACGCGGGCCGGCGAGACUUGCUCGAAUACAUGAGCGAGUAUUGGAAGGAUUUCCGUGGUGAUGAUAGCAAUCUGUGGCAACAUGAGUGGAACAAGCACGGCACUUGCAUCAGCACCCUGGAACCGGAUUGCUACGAGGACUAUCUGCCACAACAAGAGGUUGUUGACUACUUUGACAAGACUGUUGAGGUUUAUAAGGACUUGCCUUCCCAUGAGGUAAGUUUGGCUCUAUCGACCAAUGAGCGACUAUAUAUUCGGAUCAAACCACUAACCAUAUAUAAGUUCCUGGCCAAUGCUGGCAUCGUACCAUCUCAGACGCAGACCUAUGCUCUUGCCGAUAUUGAAGCUGCAUUGGAACAAGCCCAUGGAGACCCUGUCACUGUCCGUUGCCGAGGCGGCGCCAUCAAUGAGAUUUGGUAUUAUUUCAAUAUCGCAGGAAGUCUUCAAUCGGGAGAAUUCAUCCCGGCAGGCCCAGAUGGCCAGAAGUCCAAUUGCCCCUCCAGGGGCAUCAAGUACCCACUGAAGCAUGCUCGGAAUGAGCCUACUCAGACGACAACCAUAGAUUUCCCCGAGCCCACGGCGCCAGGCACUCCGUUUACAGGCCGAGGUAACUUGGUUGUGGAGAGAGUCAACAGAAAGCAUGGCUGUAUCAUCAGCUACGGAACUUGGUUUUCGUCAGGGACCUGCGCGACUUUCCGAGCCGAAAAGCUAUCAGAUGAUAUAUUCACUCUGAAAUCUAGCAAGGGGCUCUGUGCCUUCGAGCGAGACGCCCUUACUUGCGGACCCCACGUCAACACGCCAAGCGAGUUCACCGCCAAGGAUGGUAAGCUGGCUUACGGUGAUCACACUACUUUCUAUGCCGACAAUUUCCCCAAGGGGCGUACACAGAGUAACGUGUAUGCUUCGCAAGGGGGGCGGUCUAUUGAGAUUGAGAUCACCUGGGCUUCGAAGUAG